UAAGAGUUGUUUUUGAUGGUUCCGCACCUUCGUCCUCUGGUUUCUCAGUUAACGAUUUGCAGAUGAUUGGCCCAAAUGUACAGGAUUCUCUCUUCUCCAUUUUAAUUCGUGCCCGACAAUAUAAAUAUCUACUUACCGGUGAUGUAGAAAAAAUGUAUCGACAGGUUGAAGUCAAUCCGGAUGACAGAAACCUGCAGUUAAUAUUAUGGAGAGAAGACGAGUCUUUACCUAUCAAAACAAUGCAACUAAAUACUGUCACUUACGGUACAGCAAGUGCCAGUUAUUUAAGCACGAGAUGCUUGUGGCAAGUUGGUGAUGAGUGUACUGAUGAAUUAAUAAAAACUAUUAUUCAAAAGGACUUUUAUGUAGACGAUCUAAUUACGGGUUCAAAUGACGAGAUGGAAUUACAAUACAUCCAAAAUUCAGUGGCUACAGAAUUGAAUAAAGGAUGUUUUAAUUUACGUAAAUACAAAUCUAAUUUACCCAAUAUUAUUCAAAAUUCUUCCAACAUUGCUUCUCAGGGUAACCUGAUUAUUAGUGAAUCCUCAAGUACUCUUGGUCUAGGGUGGAAUCCUAAUAGCGAUACAUUACAUUUUCCUAUAAAUAUACCAAUUCCAAGCGAAACCAUAACAAAAAGAUUUAUUAUGUCUAAUGCUUUUAAGAUUUUCGAUCCUUUGGGUCUGUUGAGUCCUUGUAUAAUGCAGCCAAAACUUAUGCUUCAAAAGCUAUGGCAGCUUAAAGUUGGUUGGGACGAACCCGUACCUGACAACAUUGAGCAAGCCUGGCAGGAUUUUGCCAAUGGAUUACCAGUUCUGUCCAAUUUACAAAUUCCUAGAUUCGUUGCAUGUGUUUCGCCAAAAUUCAUAGAAAUUCACUCUUUCAGUGAUGCGUCCCAAGUAGGUUACGGUGCAUGUGUAUACGUGAAAACUAUAGAUAUCAACGGUGAAAUUUUAGUUAAGUUACUUUGUUCAAAAUCAAAAGUAGCUCCACUAAAACCUACUUCAAUACCUCGCUUGGAGCUUUGUGCGGCACUUCUUGCUGCUCGACUAUCCAAAGCAGUAAUAGAGUCAAUAAGGUAUGUUCCUGACCGCAUAAUCCAUUGGUGCGAUUCCAGCAUCGUAUUGGGAUGGUUAAAAGGAGAUAUAUCUAAAUUAAAAACAUUUGUGGCUAAUAGAAUAGGUGAAAUCCAAGAAAACACGCAGUCGUCUUCCUGGCGUUAUGUUCCCACUGCAGAGAAUCCUGCCGAUUUAAUUUCACGUGGUGUAAGUGCCGAUCAGCUGUGUCAUACAGACAUGUGGUGGGAAGGACCCAAAUUUCUGCAAAAGAAAGAAGACGAAUGGCCAGUUUUAAAACAUGAUAAUUUUAAUAAUUUACCUGAGCUUAAAGUGGUUGCUACGUCCGUCAUUGUAAACAAAUCAAUAAUAGAAAUGGAACGGUUUUCAAAUCUUAAUAGACUGCAAAGAUCGGUCGCUUAUGUCAAUCGCUUUAUAUACAAUAUAAAAAACCCCAAUAUCAAAAUAUCAGGCCCAUUAACUGUUGAAGAGUUGAACAAAUCUUUUAACUUUUUAUGCACUAUAUCCCAACAAGAAAGUUUUCCCAUUGAACUUAAAGCGUUAUCAAAUGAAAAAUUUUUGAAUACGAAAUCAAAAAUAUUAUCAUUGUCACCGUUUCUUGAUAACGAUAACUUAAUACGAGUGGGUGGGCGUAUAGACGCUUCAACCUAUCCAUAUAAUAAAAGACAUCCAGUUUUAUUAGAUUCGUCUCAUUAUUUAUGCAAAUUGAUAUUUAGAGCAGAGCACAUUCGCAACAUGCACGCUGGCCCACAACUGCUUCUAGCCACAGUCAGACAAACUGUUUGGCCCAUUAAGGGUAGGUUAUUAGCACGAGCAACUGUACGUAAAUGUGUACGUUGCCGACGAGUUUUAGGAAAGACGUUAUUGCCAAAAAUGGGUGAUCUACCCUCACAAAGAAUUACGCCAGAUUUUCCUUUUACAUCUGUUGGUAUUGACAUGGCUGGACCCUUUAUUACAUUAAAUCGAAAGGGACGAGGAGCUAAAUUAUCUAAGUCUUAUUUAUGUUUAUUUGUAUGUCUCCGGUACAAAUGCGUUCAUUUGGAGGCUGUAAGCGACCUCACUAAGGAUGCUUUUAUUAUGACCUUACGUCGGUUUAUAUGUCGUCGCGGCAAGCCAGCGGAAAUAUUUUCCGAUAACGGUCGUAAUUUUGUUGGAGCCGCUAAAGAACUUAAUGGUUUUCUAAAGACUAAUAAUGAAACAUUAUCUGAGUUUGCAGUUCAGGAAGGCAUUAAAUUUAUUUUUACUCCUUCUUACGCUCCUCAUUUUGGUGGUAUUUGGGAAGCAGGAAUCAAAUCUUCCAAACACCUUAUACGUCGUGUAAUGGGCAAUUCUCAUUUAACCUUCGAGGAACUUUCGACUCUUUUUGCACAAGUGGAAUCUAUAUUGAAUAGUCGUCCAUUGUGUCCCUUAUCCUCUUCCCCAGACGACUUCCUAUUCCUUUCCCCAGGGCACUUUCUGAUUGGAAAACCGCUGAAUGCUUUGCCAUCCCCUUGUCUAGAAGACUAUAAGGAAAGUUGCUUGCGUCGCCAUGCACCUCUUGAGCAAAUAAGACAGCAUUUUUGGCGAAGAUGGCAACAAGAAUACAUCUCUGAAUUACAAGUACGGACCAAAUGGAAACUUGAUACAGCCAAAGUAAAGAUUGGAGAUUUGGUCUUGCUGCGUGAAGAUACUCUUCCUCCGUUAUGCUGGCGUACUGGUCGAGUAACAAAAUUAUAUCCAGGACCUGAUGGAAUCUCUCGUGUCGCAGAUGUAAAUACAAAGACAGGAUGUUACCGGCGACCUCUUGUUCGCCUCUGCCCUCUUCUUGCUGAUGAAGACUAUUAACGAUGGAGACGAUUGAAGAGCGAGUCUUCAACGGGGGGAGUUUAUGUUAAUGACAAUUUCGUAAUUGCGUGCUCGGCCUGUUCGAGCAGGCGUUUCCUUUUUUAUUAUUGUCCUACCGUCCACUGUUGUAUUUACGGCACGGUGCCAUCUUGUUUUCACUUGGAUAGUUGUAACACCAUUCAGAACAUUAUUGUUAACAUUUAUCUCUAAUAAAAACGCACUUAUCAACCAGAGUUUAUUCUAAAAUAAAUUUCAUUGUGUCCACGA